AUGAACAACGCAUCCAUAGGUGAUAAUACCUCUGCUUAUGGUAUGUGCUAUUUCGGAUCGAACACUACAUGUAUUGAGCCAUUUAGACCAUUUCCAAAUAAAUUUCGGGUAGCACCUAAGUAUAAAUUAGCAGCUUGUGUAAUAGAAAAGAGUAUGUCAACUCUGUUAGCGGCAAUCAUGUGUUUACUGUACGACGCAGAUGCUUUUCAAAAAGCAGAGCGUGCGUUGCACACCGAGUUGUACCAUAAAAGGUUUUGUAAAGAUAAAAAUGAGUUGAUUGCUAUCCGACCGUACAUGAAGAAGUUUCCAACCACCAAACUCUUUGCCAUAGUACGAGAUCCCAUGGAGAGAUUCAUCAGUGGGUUUGUCGAUAAAUGUAUAAGAGAAGUCUCUGAAAAGCCAGAACGUUGCUAUGGAUGUGAUAGGAAUUUGACUUGCUUCAUGCAAAAACAAUUCUAUAGAAUGUUGUUAUACCAAAAAGGCUCUGGCAAAUACAUCAGCUUUGAGGAUAUCCAUUUCAACCCCCAGAACUGGCAUUGCAAUUUCCGGGAUCAUCAUUUGCAUUACAAAAUCAUUAAGUAUGGAUCAGCCGGUGAUGCAAACAAGGAAAUGGUCAACAACCUGAUUGGUCUGUUUCAGGAAUCUGGAGUAGAGACAAAUCUACUGAAAGCUAUUGACAAAAGUAUAACAGAUAGCCGGACACCUCAUGCGACUAACAAACUGGAUGAAAGGACAAUUUUCGAACAACAAUUGAAGUCAGACCCAAAGUUGCUAGAAAUGCUUAUUCAAAUGUACUAUUAUGAUUAUUUAUUGUUUGGGUAUGAACUGCCUUCUCUAUCUCCAGCUCCCCUCUCUCUCUAA